GCUGCACAAAUUCCCACCUUCAUCGCCCCUCGCUUUCUAUCUAUCGAUCUGCCAAUUCCUGCCGCUGCCAAGGUCAUCGCUCUUCUCGUCAAUCUUCGCAUUCUCGCAAUCUCUUCCUUGUUUGUUCUGCCCCAUCCGCUACGACCUCUGAAUCAUGGCAGGACUUGUGGCUACCUCCGCUGUUGUGGGCGCUUGCGCUUCCUUGGCUGGAGAGCGCAUCGCUACCCCCGCCCGCCCCGCCGCCGUCUCCGUCCAGAUGGCACCAGUAAGGUGCUCUGCACGCUCUGACGCGGAAAUCGUGAACAGGCGUGCCAUGCUCGCAGCCGCCGCGGCCUCCGUGUUGGCUAUUGCCACCCCCGCCAUGGCUGUGACGGAAGGAACUCCCCAGAAGGCCGGCACUGGUCUCCAGUACGACGGACCCAAGAAAGGUUCGAAGGAGGCCAAGAAAACCUACGCCAACAUUUGCGUAUCCCAGCCCACCGCCUCCAUUUGCCAUGGUUAAGUAAUCUAGCGAUGCCUUGCCACUGGAUUCUGAGAUUAAUGUAGAUUUUUCUCCCCAGCGCCUCAUGGAAACCUCUUUGUAGAUCUGAAUUGUAUCUUUAAUGCGAUCCCCAACCAUCGUGUGUUAUCCACCUGUUA